AUGACAUUUGUUGUAUCCAUGGAUUUGAUUCAUGGGUUUGGAACCCUGAAUUCCAGUUCUAGCGAGAGCCCCUCCACCUUCUCCUCCUCCUUUUUGAUAACAAAGCUACCAAAAUAUUCUUGGCCUGUGAAACUGGUGGCAAGGAUUAUGCUUCUGGCAAUGGUUUUUGCUGCGCUUAUCCCCAGGCUGGGAUUUGGAAUAUCAUCUCCAUCUGAUGAGAUCAAUUAUUAUAACUCACCACCGAGCUCUUGGGCAGAGGUCAGAUUUAUUGAUCGGAUCAAUCUGUUGGCGCAGUUGCCAUUACUCUUCCAAGAUCUGGCAAACGAAGGCCUCCUCAAAAAAGUGGGCGGCAGAGCACUAUUUGUCGCCGACGAGCAACUUCAAGUCCAUGACAACAUUGAGAUGGAUUUCAUCGCUAAUUCCGACUUGGAGCGACAAAGUGCCAUCCCAGAUGAAACCUACGACUUUGCUUUCACGCGUGCCUUCCUGCCUGCCGCAGAGUUCAUUGAUCGGACUCUUAAGGUCGGCGGCCUCGCCACCUUUCAACUAGGCGAAGAUCCUAAUCUGGCGUUCCACAAGCCACCCAACUACAAAAUUGUCUACCUCAGGCGUCUGGGUACCACCAUCAUCGCCAUGCGAAAAACCAGCCACGCGAAAAACUCACCAGCAAGGAAGCGGCUCUGCGGUGUCUCGUUCUCGUUGCCCGAAGCCAAAAAGGAAGCUCUCAACAAGCUCGAGGACGUCCUCCUGGAACCACCAAGAGCGGCUUUGGGGAAAUCCAAGAGGUUCCUGACACGAACCCGGUACUUGCCGGACUUAAUGGGAGAUUCUCUGGAAGAGUACCCACGUCGAGUUUUCAUCGACGUGGGGCUUCCGGAGAAUGAUGGAGCCGCCAGCGAUGGAGGAUGGUUCUCGAAGCAUUAUCCCAGAAGGAACAUGGAUUUUGAGAUGUACAGGAUGGUGACAGUGAUGGAGGAGGAGGAGUCGCCAAGCAAGGUGGCGCCGGAGACGGUAGGGAUGUCAGAUUGGUUGAAGAGGAAUGUGAGGGAAGAAGAGUAUGUGGUGAUGAAGGCGGAGGCCGAGGUGGUGGAGGAGAUGGUGAAGAAUAAGGUUAUAGGAUUGGUGGACGAGCUGUUCAUGGAGUGUAAGCAUGGAGUGGGACUACGUAGGAAGAGGGCAUAUUGGGAAUGUUUGGCUUUGUAUGGAAGGUUGAGGGAUGAGGGUGUUGCUGUGCACCAGUGGUGGGGUUGA